AUGCUUCUCGACGAGGAUCCCACCACUCUCAUCCGCCACACAAUCGAGAAUUUCAACAUCCAGCCUGAUAAACAUGCAGUUGCACGAGUAAACGAAUCGCUUUCCACUCUACAACAAGCCCGAGAUCUGCGAGUGCGAGAAGCGGAAAGUGCUUUGAAGAAACUCUCCCGAACGCUCAUAACACUCAACAACCACCAUCAGGAAACGAUCUCUUCCCACUCAUCAGUUGCGCACGCUUCUGAAAUUGCGACUCUUGACACGCAGAAAUUCCGCAUCGCGAAAUCAGCUAGUGAUGUUGAGAUUGAAUCGGAGCGAUUGUCCUCACAACUGGCAGAUCUCCAAGCACGUCUGCAAGAGUUGGAGCUUCAAGGUGUUGAUGGUGGCGAUAAUGCACGGAGAGGAUUGAUUGAUGACGAGAUGAGCCUCAAGUUGAAGGUUUACAGGGGAUUGGGCAUCGAUAUUGAGAGGGAUGACGAUGGAGAGUAUUCCAAGGCUAUCAUUAGGAACUCGAGGAAAGGGGAUGUUAAUAUUGUGAACAUCGACAGCAAGUUCUCGAGAUUCUUCUACGCGAAUUACCUCUGGCAGCAGCUCUAG